GCUCUGGCUAUGCUAAGGGUUCGCACCAACAGAUGUUCCGCAGAAAACACAGCAAAUACCCGCUUUUUAUUAAAUGUUCCGCAUUAGACGAUAAUGGUGUAGCCACAAGAGAAGCUAACCUUAAGUGAAACAGGAACUGGAGCUACAUGAGUGAAAGCUUGAGGAGUUUGUCCCCAUUAAAACUCAACCGAGGUAUCAACCACAUUGCCACACAUAAACAUGGGUUGCUCCUGGCUUUAGUAGCAGCUUGACCCUCUUCAUCAUGGACUCCUGAAAUCCUCAGACUUCAGCGACUCAUCAGGUCGCUUGUGGUUGUUUUGGACGACGGUCAGCCUAAAACCUGUCUGACUUCCGAGGAAGAGAGAGAGAGAGAGAGCAGAUGGGGAACUGCUGCUGUCACACUGAGAGUCCCUGUGGCAGUGCAGAGGAGAGUAGUGGUUUACUGACAGACGAUUCGAAGGCCACUGUGCCCGUAGGUGACACAGUUGUGGAGGGCACUUAUAGUUCCGACAAAGAUGAUGAUAUGAGGAAAACACCUGAUGAGGUCUGUAUAAAGGUGGCGGAAAAGGCUGAGGCUAUUCAGGUGAAGCAGAGUCCCGAGAGAGGAGAGUUGGAGCCCAGUAACACUCAGGAGAAUGGACCUUUGAAAAAGGAAAGCAUUCAAACGGCAACACCUUCUCCCUGCAAGGGGUUUGAACAGGACAGCUCCACCAGUGCACAAGAUGAAGAUGUGAAGGAACCUCCAGAUGACAGUGGACAAACCGAACUUCUGCACUGCACUUUAAAAUCCCAGCCGGAAUCCCUCUCUGCAGCUCAUUGGGAGGUUUUUACAGACACGAUUGUGGCACCUGAAAAAGAAAAUCCAGCUUCUGUGCAGGACAAAAUCCCAGAUGGCAUCUCACUAACAGCUGAGUCAGUCUGCCCUGAAAAGCCUUCCCAUUCGGAGACAGCCACAACAACAGAGCACAUUACAGUGAGCACUUUGGACAGCGCUGUAGCCGGGCCAUCAGGGGAGUUUUCUCAAAAUAAUGAAGUGCUGUCGGUGCCAAACACUCGGCUGGAUGCAGCGGCUUGUCAGGUGUUUUCCAUCUCUGCAGUCAGUCAGGAGAUCAACACCGAGGCUCCGAGCUCUGCUGUGACAGAGGACGCAGACAAUGCGAGUUCUUCAUUGUGCAAGCAGGAUGGCCCUGAAGACGUAAAAAGCCACCAGGUCUCAGAGUCUUCUACUGGACCAGAGCCCACAGGACUCAGCCACAGUGGUGAGGAACAAGACUCUGCCAACUCUGUCAGGGAGUCAGAAACCACAGCCCCGGCAGACGCCAGCGAGAGCGCAAAGUCCAAUCAGAAUGCAAAGCCAGAUCCUGAGUGUUCAGCUCCGAGCUCAAAGGAGGUCACUUCCUUGGAGAGCAUCAAACAGGAUGUUGGGGAGGAAAUGAUGGACAAAGUGCACAAUAAAGAUGGCGACGUUCCCAAAGCUAAAGAGGAUGAUGUGAUGAGGGAGAAGACAGAGAAUUCCCCCUCAGAGACCAAGACUCAGGCUGAGAAGGAUGCUGAGAUUCAGGAGGUAACUGGAAAAGAGGAGCAGGUGGCAGGGAGCACAGCCACUGAUGUCAAAGUCGAAGUGGUACCUAGAGAAGACCCUACUGAAGACGACCUGGGGGACAGUGAAGAAGACCUGUACAGAGGAGCUGAGGAGCUGCCAGUGUCACAAAACAAUAAACCAGGACCACCAUCUGUGUUUGAAACUACACAUUUGAAGGUGGAGGACAGACACAGUUUGGCUCCGGCGGUGGACAUUCUGUCUUACAGCGAGAGAGAAUGGAAAGGAAAUACUGCCAAAAGUGCUCUCAUUAGAAAGGGUUAUAAAGAGAUGUCCCAGAGGUUCAGCAGCUUGAGGAGAGUGAGGGGGGACAACUACUGUGCACUCAGAGCCACGCUGUUCCAGGUGCUCUCCCACAGCACCCAGCUGCCUGCGUGGCUGCAGGAGGAGGACAUUACUAUGCUGCCGACGCAACUGGAGACCCAGGAAGGUCUGAUAAGUCAGUGGGUGUUUCCUGGCGAGUGCCUGCAGGGAGAUGGGUCGGGAGACGUUACCCAGCAGCUGAAAGGCUACAUGGAGCUUCUCCAGAAUAAGUGGCAGGCAGCGGUGGACUGCUCCUCCGCCGUGGAGCGGCAGCAGCUGUGCGAGCGAGUGUUUCAGGGUGGAGAAGAGGAGCUGGGUCUGCUGGAGGCGCUCAAGCUGCUGAUGCUGGGCAGAGCGGUGGAGCUGCACGGCUGCAUGCAGGGCGGCGGAGACGUCCCGCUCUUCUGCUGGCUGCUGUUUGCGCGGGACUCAUCCGACUGCCCGCGCUCCUUCCUCGUCAACCACCUUCGCCACGUGGGCCUCAGUGCCGGGAUGGAGCAGGUGGAGAUGUUCCUGCUGGGCCACGCCUUGCAGUGCACCAUUCAAGUUUACAGACUGUACAAGGCUGACACAGAGGAGUUUGUCACCUACUACCCAGACGACCAUAAGGACGACUGGCCAUCGGUGUGCCUCGUCACAGAGGAUGAUCGCCACUACAAUGUCCCAGUGGUAGAAGCUGCAGAGCCACACGAGGAGCUCGACUCGAGCUGAUUGCCUCUGCAGAGAAAUCUCCUGCCAUACAAACAAAACACACCUCAGGUUGAUCAAGAUGAAUAGAUUUACACCAAUUGAAGGAAUAGUUUGACAUUUGGGGAAAGAUGCUUGUUAGUUUUCCUGCUAAGAGUCAGAUGAGAAGAUACCAGACUCAUGCUGGGUAUCUGCAGGUCUUGAAGAGUCUUAAAAAGCACUGAAUUCAGUUUCCUCCAGAAAGGACUUGGGGGGUAUUAAAUUUACUAAAGGUUUUCUCUUGCCUGUCGUAGGCAGUGAUGUUUGUUAAAGAAAAUGUUUCUGAAUCCAGUUGUGAGCGGUUGAGAGAUGUCAUACAGCUAUGAAGUGUGAUGACAUGGAUUGUGAGCACAGGAGGAGUCUCUUUACAUCCUUUCUUGGCGACUUGUCGUUGCUGUGAGGUUAAACAGAUGACGUGAUGUGUUAAUAACUGAGCUUUAGAGGUGUUUGGCAGAUUUUCUUACCUUUGGACAAAGCCACGCUAGCUGUUUCCCUCUGUUUCCAGUCUUUAUGCUAAGCUAAGCUAACCAGCUGCCGACUCUACCUUCAUAUUUACGGGACAGACAUGAGAGUGGUAUCAAUCUUCUCAUCUAACGCUCUGUAAGAAAGCCGAUAAGACGUUUUUUCCAAAAUGUUGGAUUGUUUCUUUAAAAAUAUGCUGAUUUUGAGACCCUGUACAAGUUGUGGUUUACACACUUUUGUACACACUGUACUGUAUACAGAGUUUUCUAUUUACAUGUACAUAUGUGUGCAUCUAAUAUUGCGGGGUCAUGUCUGUUACGUACAAAUUAGUUUCCAGGGUGUCAUUUUGAGUUUCAGAUGGGGAGAAGGAAGCCCAAAUUUUCUGAGCAACCUUUUAUGUUUCAUGCGCCAAAAUCAUUGCUUGGUGUUUACACUGGGAUUUGGGCACUUUUAUUUGUAUGUUAAUUUAUUCUUUUUCAUUGAGUCAAAAAAUGCAUUUUAAAUGAAGAAGUGUGACCGUCAUAAGUGAAACAGAUGUAUUAGUCCACAAAGGAUUUGAUGAUUUAUCAGGUUUACACCACAUGAUGAUAGGUGGACCCGGAAGGUGAAGAGCGACCUCUGUGUCAGAGGUGUGAUAUGUGAUGGUCUGUGUUCACGUCUGCAAGUGUGUGUGUGUCAAACUCAAUGUGUAACAUGUUGCCUUUAACCAAGCUGUUCUGAAGGAACAAAAAAAAAGAAAUGUGCCAAUGUUGCUGCAAAUACUGGCAAUAGUCCCAAC